UCUUGGCCCAAAAACAUUUAUCUUCAUCGUAUUCAGAUUUUUUUCAUCGCUUUAUUCAUUUUGGAACCCUAGCAUUAACCAUUGCGCUCUUAUUGUUCAAUUGCAUAAUUGGUAUGCUGAAAAGUUAGUUCUUUACAUGGCAAUCUCAGUUUCUCAAGGUUUUGCUUGUAGAAGCCAACUAUCUUUCCAUCUCCCUCUCAUCAACCGUCUUCACAAGGCAAGGCGGAGCUGUCCUGUGGCAGCUAUUGGGUCACUGGUUGAAUCAGUAAGUGUCCGUAACGAAGAUUUUCAGAUUUCAACUGCUAGAAAUGUAAAAGGUGGCAAUGAUGAUUGCAAGCCACAUCAAUGGAAAAAAUCGUGUUCCAAAGAACUUGGAAUCAAGACUUCAAAGAUCACAAAGCCCGCAAAGUUUGUUUUGAAUGUGCUUAGGAAAAAGGGGUAUGAGGUAUACCUUGUUGGAGGGUGUGUAAGGGACCUUGUAUUAGAGAGAACUCCUAAAGAUUUUGAUAUCUUGACAUCUGCUGAACUUAAAGAGGUUAUGGGAGCAUUUCCUCGCUGUGAAAUAGUUGGAAGGCGAUUUCCUAUAUGCCAUGUACAUGUGGAUGAUGCCAUUGUGGAGGUUUCAAGUUUCAGCACAACUGGAAGGAAGUUUGGGAGGAAGUCAAAACCUGUCUUGCGAAAACCUUCUGGUUGUAAUGAAUGUGAUUAUAUUCGAUGGAGAAAUUGUAUGCAAAGGGAUUUUACAAUCAAUGGGUUGAUGUUUGACCCGUUUUCAAAGAUCGUGUAUGAUUAUAUUGGUGGAAUGGAAGACAUCCAAAGAGCUAAAGUUCGCUGUAUAAUCCCCGCAAACACUUCUUUUGUGGAAGAUUGUGCUCGCAUUCUGCGUGGGAUUAGAAUCGCUGCUCGUUUAGGAUUUCGAUUAUCCAGAGAAACCUCUCAUUUUGUAAAAGAAUUGUCCAAUUCGUUGCUAAGGCUUGAUAAGGGUCGGAUACACAUGGAAAUGAAUUAUAUGCUGGCAUAUGGAUCUGCAGAGGCUUCACUAAGGUUACUCUGGAAAUUUGGACUCCUUGAGAUUCUUCUACCCGUCCAAGCAUCUUACCUUGUUUCACAUGGAUUCCGCAGACGUGAUAAGAGAUCUAACAUGCUUCUGUCUUUGUUUGCUAGCUUGGAUAAACUUCUAGCACCUGAUCGUCCGUGCCACUCUUGCCUGUGGGUUAGUAUCCUAGCAUUUCAUGAAGCAUUGGUAGACCAACCUCGGGACGUUUUGGUGAUUGCUGCGUUUAGCAUUGCUGUUCACAGUGGUGGAUCAUUGUCUGAAGCAGUAGAUAUUGCAAGGGAGAUCUCACAGCCUCAUGACAUGAGCUUCCAUGAAAUAUCAGAACCUAUUUGUUAUUCAAAAGAUGCAUUAGUGGAUGAGGUUAUAAAACUUGCAGCUUCUGUAAAAGCUGCAUUGCGGAGGCUGACAGAUGAGCAUUAUGUUUCCCAGGCCCUGAUCAAGUACCCCCAAGCCCCACAGUCGGAUCUGGUUUUCAUUUCAUGGUCUCUAUCACUAAAGGUAUGCUCUAUGUUUGAGUGUGUUAAGAGGGUGAAGAAUCGGAGGUUGAUACCAAAAGAAGGAAGUGAAAUUGACUAUGAUUCCUUGGCAAUAGGUCGAUUGCAGGAAGUUAGGAACGUUUUUGGUAGAGUUGUUUUUGACACCGUUUACCCUCUGAAGUUGGGUAGUUGAAAUAUGAUGUAUCUGGGCAUGGUGGUAUACAUGAAAACAAGAAAGUGUUUGUAUGGAUGUAGUUGGUGGUCUUUUUCUUGAUCAAAAUCGUUUAAUCUCAUUAUUAGCUGAAUUACAACUACAUUGGUC